AUGGAUAUUAGCACUUCUGAAUGUUUGCAAUACAACUUUAGUACAAUGAAAGCAGCAACAUAUGACUUCUCAGAAGACAAUAAGCUCGGAAAAGGCGGAUUUGGAGCUGUUUAUAAGGGUAAACUUGAAGAUGGACAAGAAAUUGCAGUUAAGAGGCUAGCAAGGGAUUCUGGGCAAGGGGACAUAGAAUUUAAGAAUGAGGUUUUGCUUGUCGCCAAGCUUCAGCAUCGUAAUUUGGUUAGGCUGCUUGGUUUCAGCAUAGAAGGAAGUGAACGACUUCUCAUUUAUGAGUUACUAUCAAAUGCAAGUCUUGAUCAGUUUAUAUUUGAUCCAACUAAGCAUACAAUACUUGACUGGGAAAAGCGAUACAAGAUUAUUAAAGGCGUUGCCAAGGGACUUUUAUACCUUCAUGAAGACUCUCGUCUAAUGAUUAUUCAUCGUGAUUUAAAAACCAGUAAUAUUUUGUUAGAUAUUGAAAUGAAUCCUAAAAUUGCAGAUUUUGGUAUGGCCAGAUUGUUUAACCCUGAGUAA